AACCAUGUCUCCUUCCGCCACUCGUGUCCCCUUUCCAGUCACGGUCUAUCCGUUCAGAUCUCCCACGCCCGGCUCGUGCGCCUACGAGAGGGGCUCGUCGUCUGCUAAAAACGCCCUUGUGUUCCUCCCCGGGCUUACCAGCGGACCACACGCCACGGAUCUCAAUUUCCUGGCCAAUAUGCUCGAGCAAUCCCCGUCCCUGGACUACGCUCUCUGGGAAUUCCGGAUGCGCAGCUCGUACUCGGGCUUCGGGUACUCAAGCCUCGCACACGACGUCGAAGACAUGACUGCCCUGAUCCAGUACCUUCGCGCUAUUGGCAAGGAGAAAAUUGUCCUGAUGGGGUCUUCCACCGGUUGCCAGAACUGCCUUGAAUACACCGACCGCAUCAAGUACAAAACCCCAUCGGUCGACGGCUACAUUCUUACCAGCCCGGUCUCAGAUCGCGAGGCGGCCUUUUUGUUCAUGUCGCCUGGGGAGCUGGACAAGAGUGUCCGGGUGGCGGUAGAUAUGAUCUACGACGGAAAAAAGGACCAACCCAUGGCGCAGGAGCAUCUGCCGUUCAUCUUUACGACACCGGUUACAGCAUACAGGUGGCAUUCUCUCUCUGCCAAGAGCGGCGAUGACGACUAUUUCUCGUCCGACCUCCCUGACUCAACGCUCGCUGCCAAGUUUGGGAGGGUGGACAAGCCUCUGUUGUUCUUGCCGGCUGGGGACGAUGAGAUGGUGCCGCCGACCGUGGACAGGAAGGCGUUGCUGGGUCGAUGGAUCUCGGCGUGCAGGCCGGGAGUUGCCAGUGAAUUAUCUGGGUUCAUUCCGGAGGCAGAUCAUGUCGUUUCGCGGCCUGAGGCUCAAGCAUGGCUUGCGGAGCGGGUGGGAGGGUUCCUGAGAGAGAUCUAACUUGGGUUGCCGUGGUUUGGACUGGGUUUGCCUGUCCUAAAAUGCGUAAUGCAUUGACAUUCUUCGCAGGCCUUCUCGCCGUAUUGCUCGCAUCGGCGGCCGGUUUUCGGUUUGCAUCCACAUAAAAGUACUAACACGAGUAAGGUACUUAUUGCUGGAGAAGGUGGCCAACAGUUGGGGACAUAUCAUGAUUGCGGAUCUGAAAGAGUACCAGCUCAAUUUCUAUCAACUGAAUGCCCUGUUGCUCUAACCGAACUCUCAAAAAAUCCAACAAUUCCAAAGGAGUGCUCCGGUCUUCCGCAUGCUCGAAGACCAUCUAACAGAA